AUGGAGUACCUGGAGGAGCUGUACGCAAUGGUGCGUCUGAAGUGGCUGAUGCGUCAGCUUAAGCAGAGUCCCCCCGGUGAGGACGAUGACUUUCGCUUCUGCUACGAUGUACUGCAGUUCGUCUCGCGUUCCUUCUCCCUCGUCAUCAUGCAGCUCGACGAAGAGCUGCGGGACGCUGUGUGCAUCUUCUACCUCGUCCUUCGUGCCCUCGACACGGUGGAGGAUGACAUGAGUCUUUCCGUCGACUUCAAGCUGCGGGAGCUGCCGAAGUUUCACACGCACCUGCACGACACGACCUGGUGCAUGACAGGCGUUGGAGCGGGCCGCGAGCGCGAGCUGCUUGAGCGCUACACCCACGUCACGGGUGCCUACGCAAGGCUGGAUAAGGCGUAUCAGGACAUCAUCUCGGACAUCUGCAAGCAAAUGGCAGAUGGCAUGUGCGGCUUCCUCGUGCACAAGGUGGAGACAAAGGCGGACUACGACCACUACUGCCACUACGUUGCCGGGCUCGUUGGCCACGGCCUCACACAUCUGUUCGUCGCGAGUGGGCUGGAGAAUGCACAACUUGCCGACGAUAUUACGAAGUCCGGCCACAUGGGACUCUUCCUGCAAAAGACGAACAUCAUCCGUGACUUUUACGAGGACAUCUGCGAGAUUCCGCCGCGUAUUUUUUGGCCCCACGAAAUCUGGGGGCAGUACACUGACGACCUUCACAACUUUACAGACGAGCUACACGAGGCGAAGGCUGUGGAGUGUCUUAACGCGAUGGUGGCGGAUGCCCUCGUGCACGUGCCGCACGUCGUUGAGUACAUUGCCUCCCUGCAGGAUCCAUCGGUGUUUGCCUUCUGCGCCAUUCCCCAGGUGAUGGCGAUGGCCACCCUCGCGCUGGUGUUCAACAACAAGGACGUCUUCCACACGAAGGUGAAGGUUGCCCGCGGCACCACGGCCCGCAUUUUUCACUACUCCACGGAGCUGCGCCCGGCGCUGCAAAUGCUGAGGACCUACACGCUUCGACUCGCCGCACGCGUGACUGCCGAGGACGCCUGCCACAGCACGAUUGAGCCACUUGUGAGGGACGUGAUACGCGCCACUGAGGCCUUUCAGCCGUUCAAGGAGGAGAGUGUGGCGCGCUCACUGAUGACACGCUACCCCGCGCUUGGAGGUCGCCUGCUGUACAACCUCGUUGACAACGUUGUCGGCUACCUCGGCAGGUAG